GAUGAGAAGAUGGCUGGCUGUGUGUUUCCAAUGGGACCAGAGAGCUUUCAGCGCUUCACGCCGGACUCCCUGGCGGCCAUCGAGCAGCGCAUCGCCCAGGAGCAGGCCCGACGCAAAAAACAAUACCAGGAGGACCUGGGCGACGUGGUGCUCCCCCGGCCCCGGCCCGACCUGGAGGCAGGAAAACAGCUGCCUCGCAUUUUCGCCGACAUCCCGUCUCAUCUGGUGGGCGUUCCCCUGGAAGACAUCGACCCGUACUACUUCAAAGACCAGAGGACCUUCAUAGUCCUGAACAAAGGGAAGGCCAUCUUCCGUUUCAGUGCCACAUCCGCUCUGUACAUCUUCAGCCCCUUCCACCCCAUCCGAAGAAUCGCCAUCAAGAUCCUGGUCCACUCGUUAUUCAGUUUGUUCAUCAUGUGCACCAUCCUGACCAACUGUUGCUUCAUGGCCAUGUCCGAGCCGGCGUACUGGGCCAAAUACCUGGAGUAUACCUUCACAGGUAUCUAUACGUUCGAGUCUCUCAUAAAGAUCUUGGCGAGGGGCUUCUGUGUGGGGCCCUUCACCUUCCUGAGGGACCCCUGGAACUGGCUGGACUUCAGCGUCAUCGUCAUGGCAUAUGUGACUGAGUUUGUGGACCUGGGUAAUGUGUCAGCCUUAAGGACGUUCAGGGUGCUGCGAGCGCUCAAAACCAUCUCUGUCAUCCCAGGCCUGAAGACCAUCGUCGGCGCUCUGAUCCAGUCGGUGAAGAAGCUUGCCGACGUGAUGAUCCUCACCGUCUUCUGUCUGAGCGUCUUCGCCCUCAUCGGCCUGCAGCUCUUCAUGGGAAACCUGCGGCAGAAAUGCGUCCGCAGCACGGCGCACUGCGUCAACAGCAGCCUGCCGGCCAACGCCUCCUUCUACUGCAACAACAAGACCUGGACCUCCCUGAAGGACUUCAUCAACGACGAGGACAACUUCUACAAGGUGGAGGGAGCCAAGGAUGCCUUAAUCUGUGGGAACGGCAGCGACGCAGGAAAGUGCCCAGACGGGUUUGACUGUCUGAAGGCAGGAAGGAACCCCAACUACGGCUACACCAGCUUCGACACCUUUGGGUGGGCCUUUCUGUCCCUGUUUCGCCUGAUGACACAAGACUACUGGGAAAAUCUCUACCACCAGACGCUGCGCUCCGCCGGCAAGACCUACAUGGUGUUUUUUGUGGUGGUGAUCUUCCUGGGCUCCUUCUACCUGGUCAACCUCAUCCUGGCCGUGGUCGCCAUGGCGUACGAGGAGCAGAACCAGGCCACCAUCGCUGAGGCCUGCCAGAAGGAACGAGAGUUCCAGGUGGCCAUGGAGAGGCUGAAGAAGGAGCAACAGAAAGCUCUCGACUCGGACUCGAUGAUGUCGCCAGAACUCUCGCCAUUUUGCCUGCCAUUGGACAGCAUAGAGGAGCGGAGGCGGAGUCAAGCACUGGUGGGAGUGGCUGAUGUGGAGGCCAACCUGUCGGAGGAAAAGCUGCUGCAGGUGGACAUGACGGACGGAGGAAAGCCCCUCCACCCCCUCCUCGCUCGCUCCUUCUCCACGAGGACACGGCGAAGCAGUCAGGUGUCCUCCAUCUUCAACUUCCGCCUGAGGAGCCGGGGGUCGGAGGGAGAGAUGGCAGACGACGAGUACAGCGUCCCAGGUGACGUGCUGGAGGGCGUCGGGGGUCGAACCUACAGCGGUGGGACUUUCAGCGGCAUCCUGCCCCACCCGUGGCCCAAACGACGGCCAAGCACCUACAGCACUGCCAGCAGGAGCUCCCAGGUAUUUUAUCCAACUCUAAACAUCAAUGGGAAGCUGUUUGUUGCCAUGGACCAGAACGGGGUUUCCCCACCACCGCUGCAGGGGCAGCUGCCUGCAUGUACCAUGGAGAAGGUCAAGGAGGAGAGUGUCCCCACGUCCACCACGGAGCUCAGCACGAUGCUGCUACCUCGCCCCUCGUCCACACAAGGCUCCGAGCGGAGGGGGAGGGCGCUCAGCGCUGCCAGCUACCUGACUGACGCCAUGGAAGAGCUGGAGGAGGCCCAUAAGAAGUGCCACCCCUGCUGGUACGUCUUCGCCCACCGCUACCUGGUGUGGGAGUGCUGUCCCUGCUGGCUGAGGGUGAAGCAGCUGGUGAAGAUCAUGGUGAUGGACCCCUUCCUGGACCUGGCCAUCACCAUCUGCAUCGUCCUCAACACGCUCUUCAUGGCCAUGGAGCACUACCCCAUGACCGACGAGUUCAACGGCAUGCUGAGCAUCGGAAACCUGGUGUUCUCGGGGAUCUUCACGGCAGAGAUGGUGUUGAAGAUCAUCGCUCUGGAUCCGUACUACUACUUCCAGACGGGCUGGAACAUCUUCGACAGCAUCAUCGUCUGCCUCAGCCUCAUGGAGCUCGGCCUGUCCGACGUGGAGGGGCUGAGCGUGCUGCGCUCCUUCAGACUGCUUCGCGUGUUCAAGCUCGCUCGCUCGUGGCCGACCCUCAACACCCUCAUCAAGAUCAUUGGUAACUCCAUGGGCGCUCUGGGCAACCUGACGCUCGUCCUCGCCAUCAUUGUCUUCAUCUUCGCCGUGGUCGGCAUGCAGCUGUUUGGAAAAAACUACCAGGACUGUGUGUGUAAGAUCUCGAAGGACUGCGCUCUUCCUCGCUGGCACAUGAAGGACUUCUUCCACUCCUUCCUCAUCGUCUUCAGGGUGCUGUGUGGCGAGUGGAUAGAGACCAUGUGGGACUGCAUGGAGGUCGCCGGUCAGCCGCUCUGCAUCCUCGUCUUCAUGCUGGUCAUGGUCAUCGGAAACCUGGUGCUGUUGAACCUCUUCCUGGCUCUGCUCCUCAGCAGCUUCAGCUCUGACAACCUGUCGGCGCCGGACGACGACGGCGAGAUGAACAACCUGCACAUCGCCAUCCACAGGAUCACCAGAGGCCUGGCCUGGUGCCGCAGACAGGUCGUGGAUUUCUUCAACGGGAACCUGAAGCGUCGUCGUCAGAAGCGAAAAGAGGCAAAAGCCAUGAUGAAGCUCAAACGCCUGAGUACCAUCCACACUGAGGCCAACGGAGCUGUCAUAGGCCGUCACGUGGAGAAGUACGUGGUGCCAGAGGACGACAGCUACAUGACAAACCCCAACCUGACCAUCAGCGUCCCCAUCGCCCCCGGGGAGUCGGAUGUGGAGUUCCCAGAGGAGGAGGAGGAGGAGGAGGAGGGGGAGGAUGAACAGAGCGAGGCCUCCGAGGAAGAGGAGGAGAGGGAGGAGAAAGACGACAUCAGCCUAUCAGAGGGCAGCACGGUGGACCUGAGGAAGCCCGGGGAGGAAGAGGAUGAGUAUUCAGAGAUGGCUGAAGAGGCCAUGGACCCCGACAACUGCUUCCCGGACAUGUGCGUUGCCAGGUUUCAGUGCUGCGACAUUGACACGACGGCCGGUCUCGGUCAGAUCUGGUGGAGAACGAGGAAGACCUGCUACCAGAUCGUGGAGCACAGCUGGUUCGAGUCCUUCAUCAUCUUCAUGAUCCUCCUCAGCUCGGGAGCGCUGGCCUUUGAGGACAUCUACAUCGAGCAGAGGAAGGUGGUCAAGGUGGUGCUGGAGUACGCAGACAAGAUCUUCACCUACAUCUUCAUCCUGGAGAUGCUGCUCAAGUGGCUCGCCUACGGCUUCAAGAAGUACUUUACCAACUACUGGUGCUGGCUCGACUUCCUCAUCGUUGAUGUCUCAUUGGUCAGUUUGGUGGCCAACACGUUGGGUUAUUCAGACUUCGCAGCCAUCAAGUCCCUGCGGACGCUGCGAGCCCUGCGGCCCCUCAGAGCCCUCUCCAGAUUUGAAGGCAUGAGGGUGGUGGUGAACGCUCUGAUUGGGGCGAUUCCCUCCAUCAUGAACGUGCUGCUGGUGUGCCUCAUCUUCUGGCUCAUCUUCAGCAUCAUGGGCGUCAACCUGUUCGCCGGGAAGUUCGGCCGCUGCGUCAACCGCACCGGCCACAUCUACGAGGCCGCCUUCAUCAACAACAAGUCGGAGUGCGAGGCGCUCAACGACACCUCGCUGUUCUACUGGACCAAAGUCAAGGUCAACUUUGACAACGUGGGGGCUGGAUACCUGGCUCUGCUGCAAGUGGCAACCUUCAAAGGCUGGAUGGAGAUCAUGUACGCAGCGGUGGAUUCACGAGCUGUCGAGGAGCAGCCAAUCAAAGAGAUCAAUCUGUACAUGUACCUGUACUUCGUCAUCUUCAUCAUCUUCGGCUCCUUCUUCACCCUCAAUCUCUUCAUCGGUGUCAUCAUCGAUAACUUCAACCAGCAGAAGCGAAAGUUAGGAGGACAGGACAUCUUCAUGACAGAGGAGCAGAAGAAGUACUACAAUGCCAUGAAGAAACUGGGCUCCAAGAAACCUCAGAAGCCCAUCCCGAGACCAAUGAACUCGCUGCAGGGCUUCUUCUUCGACCUGGCUGGGAAGCAGGCGUUUGACAUCAUCAUCAUGGUGCUGAUCCUCUUCAACAUGAUCACCAUGAUGGUGGAGACGGACGAGCAGUCGCCUCAGAUGGAGUACAUCCUGAACAACAUCAACCUGGCCUUCAUCAUCGUCUUCACCAUCGAGUGCCUCAUCAAGAUCGUGGCGCUGCGGUACUACUUCUUCACUGUUGGCUGGAACAUCUUCGACUUCGUGGUGGUCAUUCUGUCCAUCGUUGGCAUCGUGCUUGCUGACAUCAUCGAGAAGUACUUUGUGUCGCCAACACUGUUCCGAGUCAUUCGAUUGGCUCGUAUCGGACGGAUUCUGCGUCUCAUCAGAGGCGCUAAGGGCAUCCGGACGUUACUGUUCGCCCUCAUGAUGUCUCUUCCUGCUCUCUUCAACAUUGGGCUCCUCCUGUUCCUGGUCAUGUUCAUCUACGCCAUCUUCGGUAUGGCCAACUUCGCCUACGUGAAACGGCAGGCGGGGAUCGACGACAUGUUUAACUUUGAGACAUUUGGCAACAGCAUGAUCUGCUUGUUCCAGAUCACCACCUCGGCAGGCUGGGACAGCCUGCUCAGCCCAAUCCUCAACAACUCGCCCGAGGAGUGCAACCCCAACAUCCCCCACACCGGCACCACGGUCCGGGGGAACUGUGGAAAUCCGUCAGUUGGCAUCACCUUCUUCGUCACCUACAUCAUCAUCUCCUUCCUCAUUGUGGUGAACAUGUACAUAGCUAUCAUCCUGGAGAACUUCAGCGUGGCCACGGAGGAGAGCACCGAGCCGCUGAGUGAGGACGACUUCGAGAUGUUCUACGAGGUUUGGGAGAAGUUUGACCCAGAGGCAACGCAGUUCAUUGAAUAUGCCAAGCUGUCAGACUUUGCUGACUCACUGUCAGAACCGCUGCGCAUCGGCAAACCUAACAAGAUCAAACUGAUCUCCAUGGAUUUGCCCAUGGUCAGUGGGGACAAGAUCCACUGCCUGGACAUCCUCUUUGCCUUCACAAAGCGCGUUCUGGGCGAGUCAGGUGAGAUGGAUGCUCUGAAGCAGCAGAUGGAGGAGAAGUUCAUGAUGGCCAACCCAUCCAAGAUCUCCUAUGAGCCGAUCACGACGACUCUGAGGCGAAAACAGGAAGAGGUCUCUGCCACAGUGAUCCAGAGGUGCUACCGCAGACACCUGGUGAGGCGGCAGAUGAAGGCCGCCUCCUACUUGUACCGCCAGAUCACCACACCUCGACAUGCAGGAAGUGAAGGUGAUGAUGGUGGUGAGGUGGCGUUCGGUGAGGAUGCACCUGAGAAAGAAGGGCUGAUCGCCGCCAUGAUGAGGGAAAACUAUGGUUCAAGUUUGCUAGGGAUGGAGCGCUCCGAGACAAUUUCCUCCACCUCAUCCCCGCCGUCCUACGACAGCGUGACGCGAGCCACAUCAGAGAUCUUUCACCCGCUCGCUGUCAAGACAGAAACAAUCACCGUCGACACCGCAGGCAGCGAGCCGAGCGAACAGUCGCCGUCAGUGGUUGAGCCUGACAGACAGCAGGAAACGGUACCAUAG